CAUGCGCCCCAGCUCUCCACAAUCUAGGGAUGCGUUUGUCUUCAUAAAACGAUGAACAAACUGGAUCACUGUUGCAUGAAAGCAGCCCCCCCCCUCUAGUCUACUCUCAUGAGCAUGAUGUCAGCCACCGAUGAGGUAACGGUGUCCAUGGGGGAGGUGGUGAUGAUGAAGACUGACGGUGAAGUUGGCAACGAGGACCCUAACAAGACUCAGGUCAUCCUCCAACUCCAGCCAAUCACCACUGGAGAUGAAUCUGCUGAAACAGAUGCAGCUGUCAUGGCUGUUGAAGCUCAUCCAGAGCAAUGUGAGGGUGACGACGUGGAGAUAGGCUGUCCCAUAACAUGCGGCGACAGUAAAGCUGUGUUGCUCGUGAAGAAGUUUGUGUGCCCGGGAAUCAAUGUAAAAUGUGUGAAGUAUGAAGACCAGCUGAUCAGUCCCAAGCAGUUUGUGCACAUAUCUGGAAAAGCCACUCUGAAAGACUGGAAGAGAGCCAUCAGGAUGGGGGGAGUCAUGCUAAGAAAAAUGAUGGAUUCAGGUCAGCUAGACUUCUACCAGCACAGCACACUGUGUACCAACACAUGUCGCAGCACCAAGUUUGACCUUUUAAUCAACAACACGCGUUUCCCUCCAGACGGCAGUGGGCUUACUACACCUAUAUCCUCUCAAGCUCAGGUGGUUCUGGGAAAUGGUGGAACAGUGGGUGAGGACAGAGCCGAGAUCUUGAGUGGGAAGUCGGACUGGAGCUCAAGUUCACUGGAGUCUGCAGACAAGAAGGGAUCUAAUGAGAUCUCAGAGGAUACGCUGAACUUCUGGAAGGGGAUUGCUGAUGUGGGUUUGCUGGGUGAAGUUGUGACCAACAUCAACACGGAGCUGCUGGAGCUGCUGAACGGCGUGCAACAGCGCAGGGAGGCGGCUGCCUUACAGGACACAGAUUCCUGUCUGGUAGAGGUGGCGGUGCUCAGUAACCUCGCCCAAGUCUUUGGCCUGCUCGACUCAGUCAAAAAGAUUCUGGAGACGAGGAAGCAGCAGACGGAUCCCAACCAGGAGCAGAUCCUCAGCACGCUCACCAACCUGGAGUUACAGCUGGAAGAGCAGAAGAAGCAGCAGCAGGUGCGAGCUCUUCUGUCCUGCCCGCAGCCUGCCAAAAGCAAAACUCCUACCAAGCGCCAAACCAAGCGGCCUCGUCUCCAGCGGCCCGCCUCCACGACCACCCUCCUGACCUCACCAAUCACCCAGCAGGCAGCGCUGCAGCCCCAGCAGUUCACUGUUCUGUCCCCCAUCUCGCUGUCUUCUGUUGGACAGCCAUUCACAGUGGCAGGCCUGCCCAUGGCCUCUCUGGCCCAGUCCUCCAACACAGUCACCCUGCUACCCGCUGGCUCGCAGCUCUUCACCCGGUACAUGGUGACCGGAGAUGGAAAGACGGACACAAUUACCUUGCACCCAUCCUCGGGCCUCACACUGGUGGGCACCACUGCCGUGCAGGACUCCAGCCAGCUGGGCACAAUGGUCAGCCCUGUGGAGCUGGUGCACCUGAGCCAGCAGGCUGGCGGUACAGAGGUGGUGCCUAUAGAGGGCCAGGUGGUGGACGGCACCAUGCUGGUACAGCAAGAGGUGAUGCAGGGUGAGGUGGAGGGCGGCCAGGAGCACACGGUCAUCGAGAUCAACCCAACACCAGUGGAGCAGGCAGUGGGAGUGAUGGAACUGCAGCUGACCGGGGAGUCAGGCAGAGAUGGGGCCACCAUGGUGGUCCAGAGUGGGAUGGAGGUGACGAUGGCAGCAGAAGCAGAGGAGACACAGUGCCAAAUUCAGGAGGCACAGACUGAUGGGGUGGAAGGGCUGCAGCUGGAUGCAAGUGGACAGUUGUCAGGUGUGCAGAUCGUGGUGAUAGAAGAAAAUACUCAGGAAGAAAACAAAGUCAAAUGAGACGUGGUCUUAUUUUAUUCAGCACAGCAGGUAUGAACUCAUAGAUAGAGCUGUCAUGGACUUGUGAAACUGUAAAUACACAGAUUUUCCAAAUUCACAAAUUGCUUUGGCGUCAGACCAAGCACUAGGGUAGCCAUUUUUCCUGUUUUGGUGUGUUUGUACAAGUUCCUCUCAAUUUGUUCAUUUUUAGAGAAACAAAGAGGCUUCACACGAAAUGAAUAUGCUAAUAAUACUUCUGUUUGUUUUUAUUUUAAAGAUAGUUCCAGUUUAUGACACCUUGGUUCCUGGUUUGUAGUUUUGGCCCUCAUUUCUUUAGAUGUCAUGAACUGCUGAAACAUGAGGACAUGAAGACAUCACUGAAAGCAGAGCGAUGUGCUGAUCAGACCGGCUUCAGCUGCACUUCUGGGAUAACCACACUAAAUUAUUUCUCAAACAAAAACAUCCUUUACAGUUUACAGGCUUUGUAGCGAACCCAUUCUACGUACUGCUCUUGUGCACACACAGUUUUCCUGUACAUGAUGAUCAUUACCAAUAUCUGGACUCCACAUAGAACUCCAAAGGCUACAGAUACAGAUUUUGAACUUAGGAGUGUCAUCAGCACACAAAGUAGUCCAGCUGCAGUAAUGCUGAACUGAGGGUUAGUUAAACACCCUAAUCUGUUACAAUCAAAUAAGAGAACCAAAAGAAAAGCACCUUUAAACACAUUUAUUCUUUGAGAUAGGGAACGGAGGUUGGUUGGGAUGAAGAUAGUGGUGGACGAGGGCAGAGGACUGAGGGAGGCUGAUGGUGUAGCAGGGCAGAGAGAGAGAGUAUGGCUGGUUGGAUGGGCUGAGAAAAGAGGGAGGCUGGGAGUGACUGGCUGGCCACAUGAGUUGUGGACAAAGUGGCGGCCUGAGAGGCAGGACUCAGUGGCUGGUUAGCGGCUAGUACGGACAAACAGGAGGACCACGCCCACAACAGACACAUGCACAUACAGACAAAGAGGGAAAAGAACAGAAGUGGCGAAAAGAAAAGCAGGAGGCACAGUUACAACCAUAACAGAAUGUGUGUUUAAGUCCAGUUGGAGAAACAGAUUAUUUUUACAUUUAAGAAUUUAAGGGAUUACCAGAUGCCAAAGCACUGCAGCAGCCAUUUGAUUGGCUCCAACCUUGUCAGAUGCUGUUGCAUUGCAGCAAAAGUUGAGCCAGGUUCACUCUUAAAUUCCAUGUUUAUUUUGGUUGUGAUCAUUUUCCACAACAGUGUUAUCGAUAGAAAAGUGUUGUUUUUUUUUUUAAAUUUCCAGUUAAAGUGUGAACGUGUCCUCACUCAUACCUGGAGCUCUGUCAAGGUCACUUCCUUGUUUCUGCAUCAGUUUGUCAACAACGGUCUGCUUGACAUCUGAGACCACACAGGAAGAACCACAGCUCUGUAUGUGCCAGAAAAAACAACAUGUAUGUGCUCUGUAUGUCUCCACAUGGUUGUACUGUGUUCCAUACCCUCGUUCCCUUUAGAUUUUCUUCAUUAUCUAUAAUAUGCAGAUUAUUUUCUAAGUUAAUUCAUUUUUUAAUAAAAUGUCACAAAAUGUUAAAAAUGCUAAUUUAAUAAGACGUCUUUGCAGUUCAAGGUUAUGCAUUCAAAUUGCUUGUUCUCAGUUUAGCGAAUGUAUUUAAUUUUUAUAUUUUCAGUUUGGUGAAGCAGCAAAUCGUCCCAUUUGCAAAGAUGAAAACAGAAAAUAUUCAGAAUUUUGCUUGACAAUUGACCAAAACAAUUGAUUAAUCAUCCAUACAGUUGCAGAUUAGAUUUCUAUCAAUGCUCUAAAACGUGUAGAAAUGAUGGCCAAACCUACGAAAAUGGGACCAAAGUUGUAAUAAAUCAGAAUUUUUCUCUAAGCCUCCACGAACAACAGGGCAAGAUAAUGCACUGUAACUCCAGAAGUCACCGUGCGGGGCUUUAUUAAUGGUGCUGAUAUCUGUCAGUUCACAUCCUCUUAUUACAGGCUCAGUAGCAGCAGGCUGGAAGUCUCUGCUGUGCUUCAUACUCAUUACCAGUAACAGUGUUGGCGUUACCUGAGGCUGGGAUUAAUUGCACUGUCUGUUGUGUCAUACCCAAGCUGUAUUGUUUUUGCACUGUGUGACGUCCUUGUAGGACUACAGAAGAUGUUGCCUGCUCUCUUGACAUUUCUUCAGAAUACGGCCUGUGCAGAGGUGAAUGGAAACAGACUGAACUCCUCACUGGAACUGCAUCGCUUAUGCACUUAUUCUCAGUGGCUUCUUACUGCCUGAUAGAGUUUCUCCACUAAUACAUUUUUGUAAACACCUGUUGCUUUUCUCAGUAUCAUAGAUAGUGCGAGUUACUGGGCUGAUUGUUUAAGUCAGGAUAUAAAAGCACAUAUAUAUACUUAAUGUCAAACUUGCCUGUAUUUUACACUCGUACAGUAGUGUCUUAUUUAUUAGUUUUCCAAGUGAAGAGAUGGGCCUCUUUGUUAAAGGUGGAAACAUGGAUUAAUUUAAGCUCUUGGUUAUGGCUAACAUCAACAAAGACCUGUUAAAGAUUUGCUUUUCCAAUAAUUUAAUUUAACAAAUGAGGGUAUUUGCAUACUGACUUUGUAAUGUGUUUUAAUUAAAACUUAAAAAAAAUAAAAAUAA